CUAAUUAAAUGUAAGGGAUUCUGAUACAACAAUAAUAAUUCACUUAGUAAUUAAUGAGGAUCAUUUCAAAAGAGUUUGAGCCAUCUGAAGGACUUGAAUUAGAAUUGAAACAUGUAAUGGAGUCUUUCUUUAUAGAAAUUAAACAACUAGAAUAUGAAAUGAAAGAAUCUAUAGGUAAGUAUUGUAAUAAUUGUGCAAAGUACAAGUAAAAUAGCUAAUCAUACUAGAUAAUCAAAUAUUGAUGAAUUUCACGAUGUAUAACAUGAUUAAUGGAAACACCGUUAUGAUGAACUCAAUACCGAGUUUCUUAUCCUCAAAGCAUGCAAUCAACAAAUUGAAUUAUAGAAAUCAGAACUCUAAUAGAAAUUAAUAGAUUAACGGACUAAAUAUGAAGAAUUAAAUAGAUAAAAAAAAGAAGACAAAGAUAAUUAUCGUCAAUAAUAUGAAGCUCUAAAAAAGAAAGCUUAAGAUAAAAUUCAUAGAUUAAAAGAUAAGCUAGUACUCUUUUAAACAUAACUAUAAACUUAUGCAAUAGAAAGUGAACAUCUUAGAAUUAUAGCAUCAGAAGGCAAAAUUAAUACUCCUCAAAUAUCCUCAGCCAUUAAAUUCAAAUUAAAAUCUAUCCUUAAAGAAGUACAUUCUUUACGCAAUUUAUCAAACACACUCCUAUUAGAAAACUCGAAAAUUAUUUUAUAAGCUAAAGAAUAAUUAUAAUUCUUUAAUUUCAAAAAAGAUAUUCAAGGCACAAUCAUAAGAAGAAAUAACACUCCUCCAGAACCUGCUAAAAUUAAGUAAUAUUAUUCUCAAAGUCAAUCUAUACAAAAUAGUCCAGAUCGAAAACUCAAAACAGAAAAACCAAAUAUGAUAAGAAAAUUAAAUGUUACUAGAUCAUCUAUAAGUAAGAAUUUAUUAGCAGAAUUUGAUGCAUCUGCUCAAAUAACUAAAUUUAUUAAACAAUACUAUAAUGCCGAUUAAUAAUUAAGAAAUAGCACAGGAUUUCAUACAAAAUUGUUUUGA